AUGUCCACCCCCGUGGCAGCUACUGCUCCCAAGCGAGCCUUGUCGCCCAACUCGCCCGGUCGAUCGACAGCCUCGAUUAUGGAGUCACCGUCGACGUCGACGUCCAAUUUGAGCAAUGUCGAGUCCGUUCAAGCGAAUAAGAAAAUCAAGAUGGACGAGGCGGGCACGCAGAAUGGAUCUUCUGCUCCUAAAGCGACAACAGCAGCGCAGCUACCUCCCCAAACACCAGCCCCGGGAGGAGGAGGAGCAGCAGCACGAAAGUCGAACAAGAAUAAACAGGGAAAGAAGAAGAUCAAAGCCGUAAAACCCGGAGGGGCCGAAGAAGUCGGUGCGUUUGACGUCGUCGAAUUCUUGGGACCGGAAAGGGUUGAGGCCUUAGAGGAGGAAGCGGAGAGGUCGGGGGUGAGGGAUUGGAGUCGUAAAGAGGCGGAGAAGGAAUGGGGGUUUGGAGCGGAGGGAAAGUCGGUGCAGGUGAGGGUGGUGGGUUUGAAUGCACAUGGUCAGUGCGGGGAUUCACAAGCGGCCGAGCUGGAUUCCUGAUGCGGUGCUGAUCACGCUGCUGCCGUCAUACAGGUGACGGUCUCGCCAAGUUGAUCCCGUCGGGGUCGACCGAACCGACUCGCUUGGUGACGAUCCCCUUUGCAAUCCCUGGCGAACUCGUCAACAUCAAAGUCACGCGCCACGAACCCGACCUGUUGCUAUCCCACUCUGAUCUGAUCGAUAUCAUCGAACCGAGCGAGAAGAGAGAGGCCGAGAUCGUCGAGUUGCCCGGGAAGGGCGAGCCGACUUUGGCGUUGCAGCAGGCGAGGAAGAAAUUUGGCAAUCGCGUGCAGUGCCAGUAUUUUGGGACGUGUUCGGGAUGUCAGGUGAGCAGUUCAGCUACGUAUAGUUUUGACUGGGAUUAAUCCUGAAGACUAUCCUGUUCUUCCUCUGCCAGUACCAACCUUUGGCGUAUUCGGACCAACUCGAGAUAAAGCGCACCGUCGUACGCAAAGCCUUUGCCAACUUUUCCAAACUCCCCCCAAGUUCAAUUCCGCCAAUCGGGCCUACUUUGCGUUCCCCACUCGAAUACCAAUACAGGACCAAGUUGACACCACACUUCCAAACACCUCCUACGGGGCCGAAGAAGAAACAGUUCAAGGGGAAGGAUAAGGUGGGAGGAGGGGAGGAGGAGGAAGUGCCGACGAAGAAGUGGGAAUUGACGAUUGGGUUCGAGCAGAAGGGGAGGAAGAGGGUGAUUGAUAUUGAGGAAUGCGUGAUCGGCACCAAGGUCAUUAAUGAGGAAUACAAGGUGCAGAGGGAGGAGGUGAAGAAGUAAGUCCAGCUGGUCAUUGUUGCACGUUAUUGGACGAGUGCGCUCGGAAUUGAGGCGCGUCAUCUCUCUCGAACUGCCCUAUAGGAAUAUCGCCAAGUACAAGCGAGGCUCGACUCUCUUGCUUCGUGAUUCGCUCCCCCGUCGAGCCGCAGGUGUUACCAAAGCCUCAACCCCACCGGACGUUGAAGAAAAGCACGUCUGCAUCUCCGACCAUCACGCGACCGUGCGUGAAAAGGUCGGCACGAACGAAUUCGAACAAGUCGCGGGUUCCUUCUUCCAAAAUAACUCGUCCAUACUCCCUUCCCUCAUCGACUGCAUCGCCGAGACCGUUCGGUCGGCGAAUCCAAAGACGACGCAUUUGAUAGAUGCGUAUUGCGGUUCGGGGUUGUUCGCGAUUUCGUUGGCGGAUCAGUUUGAGAGGAUUGAAGGGGUAGAGAUUGAUAAGCAGAGUGUCAAGUGGGCGAGGAUGAACGCCGAGUGGAACAAGGGACCGGGGAGAGGGGAGGUUGGGUUCAGGGAUGGGAAAGCGGAGGAUAUCUUUGGGGCGAGUUUGCACGUACCUCUUUGUGACAGUCUCAACUAGCUGAUGUGUGUCUUGUCGGACCGUCCCCUAGACGAUCGACUUCCCAGCCGACUCAACUACGAUCCUCAUCGACCCCCCUCGCAAAGGCUGCGAUGAACUCUUCCUCUCCCAACUGCUCGCUUUCAACCCCUCAACGAUCAUCUAUGUAUCCUGCAACGUACACACCCAAGCACGAGACAUCGGUUGGAUCGUCUCCCAGUCGAAGGAAAAGGUCGAGAAGGAGGGAAAGGGCAAGAAGGGUUUCUGGAUCGAGAGUCUGAGGGCGGCGGAUUUGUUCGCGAAUACGCAUCAUGCGGAGGGGCUGGCUAUUCUGAGGAGGGAGGUGUGA